ACUCUGAUAAGAGAGUCGCAAACAGACAGUGGGCCAAAUCUCAGUGUCUCUCUCUUUCCCUCCUUUGGAAGGCCGUUUGGGAUCUGUCACACUGAUUGGAACAUUAGCUACCAGCUAAAUACAUACUGGAUAACUUGUUCUGUUAUACAAUCUGAGUAAGAACUGCCUGCCAGGAAUACUGGGAUGAGAAAAGGAAGAAUCUAAAAGGAACCAGGACUUUGGAGGCCUGUGACGAGUGGAGGAAUAGCAGCGUCAUACAGAAUGACAACACAUUGAUUUACCUCAGCUAGACAAUCAGGAAGACACAGAGGAAUUAAGUGAUUGUGCUGAAAAAGUGGGUAAUUUUGGAACAGAGUGGUGAACUGAAGAGGAAGGUCGUGCAGCAGCCUGUUUUGGUUCCUUUGCUCAUAUAAAUCAGACUUUUGUUUUGGGCCUAGUGUGGCCUCCUGAAGCAGUGACCAGAACCAUGAAGCUGUCAGGGAACGUGCUGGAUCUGGACACCACAGAUUACAGCACCACCCUUGAUCCCUCCUACACCAUGCUGGAGUUUGACAACCUCAGGGUGUUUCCUGUAGAGACAGAGUUGAUGAUGCCAGAGCCUGCCCCUCUGCUGCCACAGACCAAUGGGAGCGUGUGUUCAAUAUGUGCAGACAGGGCCACAGGUAAACACUACGGUGCUUCCAGCUGCGACGGCUGCAAGGGCUUCUUCAGGAGGAGCGUCAGGAAGAACCACGCCUACACCUGCAGGUUCAGCAGACAAUGUGUUGUGGACAAAGACAAGAGGAACCAAUGCCGUUACUGCAGGCUUCGGAAAUGUUUCCAAGCAGGCAUGAGAAAGGAAGCUGUGCAGAACGAGCGGGACCGCAUCAGCAGCCGCAGAGGAGAGGGACAGGGGCUGGGCACUCUGUCAAUCAGUGUACUGCUAAAGGCAGAGGCCAGCAUGCAUCAGUUUCCAGCCCUGACCUCCCCUAUGAGCUGUGACAUCAACACCAAGAAGAUAGCGCGCGUGGGGGACGUGUGUGAGUCCAUGAAGCAGCAGCUCCUCCUGCUGGUGCAGUGGGCCAAGCGCAUCCCCGAGUUCUGCAGCCUCCCUGUUGACGACAGGGUAUCCCUGUUACGAGCCCACUCUGCUGAACACCUCAUCCUAGGGGUGGCUCGACGCUCCCUGCCUUACAAUGACAUUAUCCUUCUGGGUAAUUACUUUGUGAUCCCAGUGAGCGGUCCUGAGGUGGAGGUGUCCAGGGUGGCUGCCCGGAUCCUGGAGGAGCUGGUCAAGCCUCUGAGAGAGUUGGACAUCACCGACAGCGAGUUUGCCUGCCUUAAAACCAUAGUCUUCUUCAGUCCUGACUGCCCAGGGCUGGAGGCCCCUCAGACAGUGCGGCGGCUGCGUUUCCAGGCCCAGGUGCUGCUGGACGAGGCCACCUGUGAGCAGCGGGGGCGUUUUGGGGAGCUGCUGCUGAUGCUGCCCCCCCUGCAGAGUGUGGCCUGGCAGAUGGUGGAGACCCUACAGCUGGCCAGGCUCCUGGGGGAGCCCAGCGUGGACAGCCUGCUGCAGGAGAUGCUGCUGGGGGAGGGGGCCACUGGGGGCCUGAGACAAUGCACAGGGCACGGUACACUCCAGAGGGGAGAUACUUACAGUUCUAACUCAAAUGUAAUGGCGUUCCCCCAACCCCAAGAUCACACCUUGUCUCAGGACCUGCUAGGAGGCCAUGUCGGGUUGCCUAGCAACUUCACAUCAGUCAUCCUACCUGUACCUAGCUCUCUGCCAGUGGUGCCUCUGGUGCCCACACAGACGGGCACUGAGGUGUACAGACAUGGAGAGGGGGCAGACAUGCCCAUAAAGUCUGCCCACAGCAUGCCCAUGGCUCCUGUCCACACCUGCCUCUGAGAAGCAGACCAAGCAGCAGCAGCUACUAUACAGAGAGGAGAAAAAAGUUGUGUGGUCUAAACAUGCACACAUACACACACAUAAUUGAAAAUGUAUUUUUUUGGGGGGGGGGCUCCCUAUUAACCACUUCGAGGAAAUACAACACAUUUUCACUACAGCCCUCCGAGCCUCAUUGAAGACCGAAUGCGGCCCCUGGGGCAAAAUGAGUUUGACACCCCUGACGUGGUGUUGUUGCAUACGGCCGUACUACUAUAUGAACAUAACAUGAAGUAGAGGCUGUUACAUGGACACUAGUAACCCAAAAAUAGACUUUGACUCAGCCAGCCAAUCCUCUCCCUUAUCCACCUUUGCACAAUGCACAUUACACACAGGGAAUAUGAUACACACAAUUAAGAAUUGAUCAGGAAUUGUUCUUUUAAAAUCAUCAAAUCAAUUAAGACCACAGCUCAAUAGUAUGUUAUCUUUAUUAGAUCAUGGUUGGGUGAGUUGUGUUGGCAUGUUAAUUAAUGAUAGUGAUGUGGCAGUGGUGAAGUAAGAACAAUUUCAUGUUUUUUAUCUUCAGGAUCAAUGUCCAUGCAGAUGUUGGUACUGUUAAAAAUUGUAAAGUUACUCGUAAAAAUGUUUUUUUUUUAAAAAGGAAAUAAAUGAAAAAUAAAUUUGUAGAGCCUGCUAAA